ACAUCAAAUAUAUCCAUGACCACAGCAAACAGCUCGGUGCAGCACAUAACGUCUGUGGCAAUGGAAGCAGUUGGUGUCAGAACGCUGUGGUUCUUCACUUUGUUUUAUACCUUUGAAGCCCAAUUCACUAAUUUCAAUGUGCGUCCACGUUGGCCUCACAGGAAUCCGUUUCGCCGCUGGCCUGUUAGGCACCAUGUACCCCUCAUUAGAGAUCAACACGACAUCAACAUUGAACCAAGAUUUGUGCUGCUGGCUCCAAACCUCCUCAGGACGGACAGCGAGGAGAAUAUUUUCCUGGAGGCGUACAGAGUGUCAGGACCGCUGACAGUCAAUAUAACGGCUCACAACUUCCCUGAGAAGACAGUCCAGUUACUCGAGGACACUGUAUUGCUCAAUCAGCAGAAUAACUACCAUGCCCUUAAGACCAUCAAGGUUGACGCAAGGCUUCUGGACAGAGAGAAGCAAGGCAACCAGUAUGUGUACCUGACGGCUGACUUCGGCGUCCAUGUGGCGGAAGUGGUGGUGAUGCUCUCCUUCCACUCUGGCUACAUCUUCAUUCAGACAGACAAGCCCCUCUACAACCCAGGGGAUGCCGUGCGUUACAGAACGUUUGUGUCCACCCCAGCCUUCAGUGCUUUCAGCAGCUCUGUGUCCAUUGAGAUACAGAACCCAGACGGUAUAGUGAUUCAUGGCCUUCCAAGGACCAUGGCCAGUAAUGGCAUCUUUGCAGAAGAAUACCGACUAGCUGACAUCGCAAAUGAGGGAAUGUGGAAGAUUAUUGCAAAGUUUGACAACAGGCCCGAAAACCAAUUCAGCUCUGAGUUUGAAGUGCGAAAAUAUGUGCUCCCAGCCUUCAAUGUCACCCUGGCUCCCCGGAAGGCCUAUUUCAGCCUGCUCGACACCGAGCUGGUGGUCGACAUCACGGCAAGUUAUCUCUAUGGGAAGCCAGUGGAAGGGACUGCAUAUGUUGCUUUUGGUGUGGAAGUGAACAAGGAAAAAAGACGUUUGCCUCAUACGAUGAAGCUUCUUACGGACCUGCAGCACGGUUCCGCUGUUCUGACGAUCGACGACAUCAGGAAAGUCUUUCCAAACAUCCGGGACCUGGUCGGCAGCCUCAUAUACGUUAAAGCCUCUGUGCUAACGUCUACAGGCAGCGACCUUGUGGAGGCAGAGAGGACCGGCAUCAAGAUCGUGGAGUCCCCGUACAAAAUCUACUUCAGCAACACCCCCCAGUACUUCAAACCCGGUUUGCCAUUUGAUGUGACGGUGGAGGUGAGCCAUCAGGAUGGUACGCCGGCCCCCAACGUCCCCUUCCAGCUGAACCUGCAGGACGAGCCCGUUACCUCUCACUCUGGGACCGUCCGGCUGGCAGUGAACAUGCCAGCGGCCUCCCGCUCGUUCACUCUUACCGCGCAGACCAAGAAGGGCGGCCUGAAGCCCGAGCAGCAGGCCAGACAGCGGAUAGUCCUGAGUGCCUACGAGCCCUUUAACAGCGCGUACGAGAACUACCUGUACAUCUCAGCCCCGGACAGGGUGUCCGCAGGGGACUCCGUCAACUUCGUACUCAACUUCAAAAGCAAAGAUGAAGCACACAAGGUCAUGAUCGCGGAUUUUACCUACCUGGUGCUGAAUAAGGGGAAGAUUGUGGAGGCGAAGCGCGUGGUGCGGGAGAGAGGCCAGGAGGUCAUUAACAUUCCCUUCCUCAUCACGAAGAAAAUGAUCCCGUCCUUCCGUCUGGUGGUCUACUACACCCUGCCCUGGCAGACGCAGACUGAGAUUGUGGCGGAUUCAGUGCGGGUAGACGUGGAGGACACCUGCGUGGGGACACUCAGCGUGGGCAAGGAAGACGGGAGCAGAUUCAAAGAGUACCAGCCAGGAAAAUCCUUUGAGUUCCAGGUCAGAGGGGACCCUGGAGCCAGGGUCAGCCUGCUGGCGGUGGAUAAUGCCAUCUUCCUCCUGAACAGAAGGAACCGGUUCACCCAGGGCAGUAUUUGGGACGUGGUGGAGAAGAGAGACAUGGGCUGCACUCCCGGAGGGGGCAGGGACAGCAUGGGGGUGUUCACUGACGCGGGGCUGCUGUUCUACUCCAACAAUGCCAGGAAAACAACUAUGAGACAAAUUGACGGAAUCGCCCCCCAAAAUUCGCACUUCUCCGGCUCUUCCCCUGCAGGCGCGCAGUGCCUCAAGCGGACCAGGAGGAGGCGAUCUGUGAGGAUGCUGCAGCACAGGUCCGCGCUUGAGAGUCAGUACCAGGACGCUACCCUGAAGCGCUGCUGCCUGGAUGGGAUGAGGGAGAUCCCCAUGGAUUACACCUGUGUUCGGAGGUCCCACUACGUGACCGAGGGCUGGGAGUGCGUCCGUGCCUUCCUGCACUGCUGCUCCCAGUACAGGGGGGCCCCGACAACCGUGCCGCCCACCACCACAGCGCUUCCCAUGCCCACGGGUUUCAUCAGACAUGUAGCCAUUGAGAGGCAUAUGGAAAUUCCUAUGUUGUCGGCUAGAAGGCUUAGUGUUCCAGAAGCUAAAGUUGAGGGAGUGAGAGUGAGGGAAUUUGAAUUCGAUGAAGACGAUGAAGAAGAAGAUGUGGAAGAUGUGGACGACGUGGUGGAUGAGCGCAGCGUCUACGUCCGUUCAAAGUUUUUUGAGACAUGGUUGUGGUACGAGGUCAACCUGCCCAACACAACUGAGCAAGUCAAAAUAGAUGGGUCCUUCUUCAACCUGGCGCAGCUCUCUGUGGAGUCUGCGCUUCCUGACUCCAUCACGGAGUGGGGAAUACUGGCAGUCAGCUCCUCAGCUGACACAGGCUUCUGCGUGGCUCGGCCGUAUAAUAUCAAAUCCAGGAAGGUCUUCUUCGUGGACCUGCGGUUGCCCCGCUCGGUGGCGCGGAAUGAGCAAGUGGAGGUCAAGGCCGUGCUCCACAAUUACAGCGACGAGGACAUGGAGGUCAUCGUGAUCCUGUACAAGACGGAGGACAUCUGCAGCGUUGCGUUCACGGACAACCACAAGCAGACGGUGACGCUUCCCGCUCAGUCCUCCAGGGCUAUCCCAUACACCAUCAUGCCUCUGAAGGCCGGGGAGCUGGACAUGGAGUUGAAGGCGCUGGCCCGUGACUACCUCGGGUCCGACGGUGUGAGGAAGAAGCUGCGCGUUGUGGUGGAGGGGAUUCAAAAGACCAGAGUCCAAAGUUUCAUUCUGAAUCCCUCCCUCAGAGGGAACAAGGACGGGAAACAGGUGGUGCGGGUGGAGAGCAUCGGGCUGGACUCGCUGGUUCCUAACUCGAGCCCAGAGACCUACAUCAAUGUCAGAGGCAGCCUGAUCGCCGACGCCAUCGACAACUCCAUCAGCGACGACGCCCUGGGGUCCCUGAUCCGCAUGCCGGGGGGCUGCGUGGAGCAGAACCUGGCCACCAUCACCCUCCCCCUCAUCGCCACGCACUACCUGGACAAGGCGCAGCAGUGGGAGAGCGUGGGGGUGCAGCGGCGACUGGACGCACUCACCUACAUUAAGAGAGGUUAUGAAAGACAGCUGGCAUACCGCAAGAAAGACGACUCUUACCCCCCGUACUCAAAAGAAGGAGCCAGCACAUGGAUCACGGCGUACACCGUGAAGGUGUUCUCCAUGGCGUACCCCAUUAUACCCGUGAUAGACGACCACGUGUGCGGCCCACUCCUGUACCUGCUGAGGGAGAGACAGCUGCCCACCGGGGUCUUCACAGAGGACACCCCGGUCUACGAUGCCACCAUCACGGGUGGUGUAGGGGGGACGGAAUCCACCGUGACCCUCACCGCGUUUGUGAUGAUAGCCAUGGCUGAAGCAAAGGCAGUGGUGACCUGUAAGGAUCCCAACAACCCCGACAUCGAUGUGGAGCGCAGGCUCGGGCAGGAAGCCGCCGGCCGCCUGAGGAGGCUGCUGCCCGAAGUGCGGAGACCCUACACGGCGGCCAUCGCGGCCUACGCGCUGGCCCUGGUGGACCCGCGGGACGGCAGGCCCCUGCUGGAGCUGGAGAAGACCGCGUCUCCCGAUAAGACCCACUGGCCGGACAGGGAGAACGAGCUGUUCACGCUGGAGGCCACGGGCUACGCCCUGCUGGCCCUGGUGAAGAUGGGGCAGAUGGAGCGAGCCGCCCUGCCCUUCCAGUGGCUCAACGACCGGCGCAGGCUGGGCGGCGGCUUCGGCUCCACACAGUCCACCAUGGUGGUCCUGCAGGCUUUGGCAGAGUACCUCAUCCACAAGCCCCCGCCCCAGGACCUGAACCUCAGGGUGGCCCUCAGCCAGCCUGGGCGCAGUGACACAGUCUGGACCUUUCAGCCGAAGACCGCCUACGUUGCCCGGUCCGCCAAAGCCACUAUUGACCAGACGUUCACGCUGGAAGCUUCUGGGAACGGCCAGGGGGUCUUGGAGGUUGUGACCUUCUACAAUCAGCUGCCCGACGUCCACGAGAAGGAAAGCUGUGGCGCCUUUGACCUGGACGUCACAGUCAAGGAAUCGCAAGACAGAAAGACCUCAGAGGACACAGAAGGGUCGUACAGGCUGAACAUCAACGUGAGGUCUCGGCAACAGUCUGAGGUCAGAAUGGUUGUCCUGGACAUCACCCUCCCCACCGGCUUUGUUCCUGACAAUAAGGACCUAGAGAUGCUGGCUAACUCUGUGGAUCGCUACAUAAACAACUUUGAGAUUGUGGACGGGCUGAGUGACAGAGGAUCGCUCAUCAUUCACCUGUUCAAGGUGUCAAACAAGGAGACGGAGAGCAUCUCCUUCCGGCUGCUGCAGAAGUUCAAAGUGAGGCUGAUUCAGCCGUCCUCAGUCACUGUAUAUGAGUAUUACAACCCAGACCACCGCUGCAUUAAGUUCUACAACCCAGUGGCAGAGGAGGCGGAGCUGCAGAGGAUCUGCAGCAACGACACCUGUCACUGUGCUGAGGGGAACUGUGCCGUCGCUAAGCGAUGGGGCAAGCCUGUGGACGACUUCACGCGUGAGGACGAGGCCUGCUCCGGAAUCCAUCACGUGUACAAAGUGAAAGUCUCAAAAGUCAGCAGGAGCCAGUAUGACAGAUAUGAAAUGGAAAUCUUAUUGGUCAUAAAGGAAGGAAAGGACGAAGGCGUCCAAGCGUCUGACAGAAGGAUCUUUAUCUCACACUCGGGUUGCCGCGAGGGACUGGACCUCCAGGAGGGAAAGGAGUACCUCAUUAUGGGCCCUCCCGCGGAUAUCUGGCAUCAGGACAGCUCCACCAACAGAUACACCUACACCCUUGGGAAGAAGAGCUGGGUGGAGCAAUGGCCAACAGAGGCCGAAUGCAGGAGUGACUCAGGGCUUGCCAAACGGUGCACCCAGCUGGCGAUGUUGACCUCUGACCUUAUGGAGAAGGGCUGCCUGUCCUGAGUAACUGUGCUGCUUUGCCAAAAUUAGAGCCACGCCAAUGGAUUUAUGGGACCCGGCCGUACCGCAGACUCUUUUGUACUGCUGCACAAUGAAAAUAUAUUACCACAUAUUGAAAAAUAUACCAUAAUACACUGACUAAUGAAGUUGUUUUUUUUGGCCCUCCAAAUAUAUUUUCCAGUACAUGCUAAUAUAUUGCCAUGCUUGCUUAAGAAUACAUUAUUGGUUAUUUUUUUAUAUACAUCCCACUGAGACAAAGGUGGCUAUAAUUAAUAUGUUUUUCAAUAUUUUCAUAUAUUUCAAUACAUUUCUUAAUGUGAAAAAGCAAUUUAUUUCAAUAGUUUCUUCUCAAAUAGCAUUUUUACAAACAAGUUAGUUUUAUGUGUUGAAGUCCAUGUGCAGUUGAAGUCAAUGUGCAGUAUGCGCAGUUAAAUGCUGAAAGUAUAAUCAGAACAGCCUGUCAUCAUCACAAAAAUGAAAAAUCAAAAAUAGCAAAAUAGUAGCUCUCCAUAUGUGGAAAAAAUGUUCUAAUAAAGGUGGAGAGAAGGGUGGAGGUGACUCAGCUGCUGCUCUGCAUCUCUGGUCUCAGUCAAACUGAGGUCCUAUUUUGUCACGUUAAUUCCACAUUAAAUUGUUGUAGAAGUAACAUUAUUCAACUGAACCAAUGAAAAUGAAGAUAUUGUUGAUAUAAAGGACCAUUUGGUUUUUCA